UUGGUUUAUCUCGCUAAGCACAGCCGGAUAAACACAUCAGCUGUGCGCUGUGUACCGCGCUCAAAAAUUUCUGUACCUCGGAUUUGUUCCUAUAAAAGCCUGUGUGUGUGUAUGUUUUCGUGUAGGUCUGUGUGUCCGUCUCUGACUGACACUGACUGUGGAAACUAUUUGAGCUCCGAAGUUGUUUUUUUUUUCCCCCCCUCCCUUUGGUCUUUGGAAAGACACUGAUUAGUUCCCGGAGCUCCAGCGCGCGCUGAUCGUGUUUCCACACCGCUUGUUGAACCCGUGAACAUGGCUGUGUCAUUAGUGUGCGAUCUGCGCUGAAACGCGAUGUGGAAAGAGGAGUACGAUGUUCAUUUCCACUUUCUGCUCGAGCUCCUUGAUGCCAAUCUCACAGAUGGCCUGUGCGACUCUGACUCUGAACUGGGCAGCCUGGAGACCUUGGAGAGGGGCAGCACAGAUACCCUCGCCAAUGGUUGCCGUGCCGACGCAGAGGCUGCCAAGCGACUGGCUAAGCGGUUAUUCUACCUGGAGGGCUUCAAACGCUGUGACGUGGCACGACACUUGGGAAAGAAUAAUGAAUUCAGCCAGAUGGUGGCGUCGGAGUAUCUGAGCUUUUUUGACUUCACAGGGUUGUCCUUAGACAGAGCACUAAGGAACUUCCUGAAGGCAUUUCCUCUGAUGGGAGAGACACAGGAGCGAGAGCGAGUCCUGGUGCACUUUUCCAAACGCUUCUGUCACUGUAACCCAGAAGCCCUCACCUCUGAAGAUGGAGCCCAUACACUGACCUGUGCUCUUAUGCUUCUAAAUACGGAUUUGCAUGGCCAUAACAUUGGGAAGAAGAUGUCCUGCCAGCAGUUCAUUAGCAAUCUGGAUGGUCUGAAUGAUGGAAAAGAUUUUCCCAAAGAAUUACUCAAGGUGCUGUAUAAUUCAAUAAAGAAUGAAAAGCUGGAAUGGGCUAUCGAGGAAGAGGAAUUGAGGAAGAGUCUGUCCGAGUUGGUUGAGGAUCAGUGUGAGGCAGGGGGCAAGCGGGUUGUUAGGGUAACGGAUGGUAGCAACCCUUUCAUUGCCAUCCCGCUCCUGCUCAAUGCUGCCACAUACAAACAUGGAGUUCUGACCCGUAAGAGUCAUGCAGAUAUGGACGGCAAGCGCACCCCAAGAGGACGACGAGGCUGGAAGAAAUUCUAUGCUGUUCUGAAGGGCAUGAUCCUCUACCUGCAGAAAGAUGAGUAUAAACCUGAUAAGGACCUCUCUGAAGUGGACUUGAAAAACGCAGUGCGUGUGCACCACGCUUUGGCCACCAGGGCCUGCGACUACAGCAAAAGACCCAACGUUCUCAAGCUCAAAACAUCAGACUGGAGAGUCUUCCUCUUCCAGGCGCCGAGUGAGGAGGAGAUGAUGUCAUGGAUCUUCAGGAUCAAUUUGGUGGCUGCUCUGUUCUCUGCUCCUGCGUUUCCUGCUGCCAUCGGUUCCAUGAAAAAAUUCUGCAGACCGCUGCUGCCAUCAUCUACAACCAGGCUGAACCAGGAGGAGCAACUGAAGUGUCAUGAGAGCAAACUGAAGCAGAUCUCCUUAGAGGUGGAGGAGCACAAAAGGAAUCCGCCAGAGCUCACACCCAAGAGCAAAGAGUCAGAGGAGUACCGCAUCAAAGAACACUACCUUACUUAUGAGAAAAGCCGUUAUGAGACGUAUGUCAACCUGCUGCAGGCCAAGUUGCACGUCGGGAGCGAUGACCUGGAUAAAAUCGAGGCCAGUGUGUUCAGUGGAGACAGCCGAGACGGCCACAUGCGCAAAACCCAGUCCAGUCCCUCCAUCAGCCAUGCUCAUGGACUCAACGGACAAGCCGCUCACAAACACACCUCGGACAGCUCUAACUGAAUGUUCAUUGCAGGGUCCCUGAACUUUGACCUCUGUCUGCGACGCAGUCGAGAUGGCAGUAUAUGACUGAGAUGGUCUCGAACUUUGGAAAAAGAGAGACACUUGAACGUAGCAUUAAAACGUCAUUAUAAUUUCAAUGCACAGUAAAUUAGGAUUAUUGUAAGUAUUAUUAGUAUUAUUAUGACAACAGUUUAAUACCGAAGUGAACGUCGUGCCAAAAAGGAAGUACAGAAGUACAAGGAGACCGAGGCUGUAUUAGAGGAGUGUGUUUACAUCACAUGACUGACAACACAGUCAGAUGGCAGUUUCCCUGUGACGGUCAGUGAGGUGCACUAUGAUAUGAUCACAAGGCUGAUGUGUGGAGAACAUGGACUGCAGCAUCAUGGGGCACCUUUCCUGAUGUCACUAUGAAAUAACUGAGACAUUAUGAUGUGUUUCUUGGAGUGUAUACUUUAGAGUGAUGCCACAUUUCAGUGUUGAAGCCAUAACACAUUUAUGGUGACAUCUCAGUAUUUGACAAGUCCAUACGUAGGAUUGGCUUCCUGACUGAAUUUUUUUUCUUUAAUUUUUUUGUUUUUUUUGCGUGACAUGUAGCAUUUGGCUUAUUCGCGAGGCCUUUUCGAUGUCUCAGCCUCAGUAGCUGUUUUAAGGGCUCUGUCACAUGCUGAGGUGGUGUUUGUUCAGAUUCAUAUCAGCUGUCUACAGUUUGAUGCAAAUGUCCCCAUUAUUUAUUAACAUCAUAUUUAUUUAUUGUAAA